CAAAAUAUUCCCACACUCAGUUUCUCUCACUUAAAAUGAGAGAGAGAGAGGGAGAGAUGAAAUGGGAAGCAAGCAAGACGAUAAAAUAUGCGACGAAUUGAAAAAGACUUUUUCCUAUUUUCUGAUAUAAUUAUCCACUCACAACAGGCAUAUUAGCCUCACCUCUGUCAAAACUCGGCGUUGUUCAACAGAAUCUUCUUGCCCUACUUUCUCUCUCUAAACUCCUUCCGUUCACAUUUAUAUAAAGCAUCGCGCACCCACAUUAAGAUCUGGGAACAAAAUGGGAUCGCAGGGACUCACCUUAGAUUGCAGUCCUCCGUCUCCGAAAUCCACGGGCGACUUUCUCGCACAAGUUUCCAGGAUGGAUAGCGUAACCCAGAAGAUUUCCAAGCUCGAUGAUUACGUCAAUCGGCUGCAAGAUGAGAUGAAGAAGAUCGAUGCUUUCAAGCGCGAGCUACCUCUCUGCAUGAUCCUCCUAAAUGAUGCGAUUGCGAGAAUGAAGGAGGAGAUAAUGCGAUGCCAGAGCUCAAAUUGCGAACCGAUUUUGGAAGAGUUCAUACCAUUGAAGAAAAGUAGCUCCGACAAGGAUGAGAAAACCGGUGACGUUAAGGAAACAGACAUUGUAAAUAGGAGAGAGAAAAUGAAUUGGAUGAGCUCUGUGCAGUUAUGGAACACCGAUAGCAAUAAAAAGAGAAAGGAAGAAGCAGUUGAUCAGGCGGCGAUGGGCGAGCUGUUUCGGACCGGUAAAAGCAGCAGGGCUGCGGGAAAGGCGCUCUCCCCUUUUAAGGGAUGCAGUAAUUUUCUGGCGAUGACGGUCGGAAAAGAGGGCAGAGACGAAUUUCCGGGAGCGCCGUCGCUUUCGCUUCGCACCCCUGAGAUUAAGAAUUCGACGGAGGAGAUUUUUCGCAAUAAUUUUAGCUCGAAAUCUAGUUCUAGUAGGUCGGGAUCAUCGUGCGGAACUAACAGUCAAUCGAGUUUUAAGGCGGACUCGCAGCAAACCGGCAGGAAGCAGCGGCGGUGCUGGUCGCCGGAGCUCCAUCGCCGCUUUGUUAGCGCCCUGCAGCAGCUCGGAGGCGCUCAAGCUGCAACUCCAAAACAGAUCAGAGAGCUUAUGCAAGUCGACGGCCUCACCAACGACGAAGUGAAGAGUCAUUUGCAGAAAUACCGGCUCCACACGCGGAGAGUUCCUCCGACGGCAAACACGGAAGGCGGCGGCGGCGUUCUGGGAGGUCUGUGGGCGUCCCAAGAGCAAUGCGGUGAGUCGUCGAAGCCGAGCAAUUCGCACUCAAGCUCGCCGCAAGGCCCUCUUCACCUAGCCGGAUCAUCAAGGGGCACCUCCGUCACCGGCGGCGACAGCGUGGAAGACGAAGACGAAGACAAUAAAUCGGAGAGCCGCAGCUGGAAGAGUAGAUCAUCUAAGAGAGAGAGCGAUGUAUAGAAAGCAUACUAGAAGUUUUGCAGAUACAGAUGAGAGAGGACUUAAAUUUGAUCGAUCGUCAGUCAUAAAAUCUUUUAUCAUGUUCAUGUACAAUAAACAUAGGAAAGGAAAGCCCCAUCCCUCUAUCAAAUUUUGCACUUUAUCACAUUCCUCUCCGGCUUCUCUUCAAUCGAAAAUUAUUUCAUCUUCUUCAAA